AUGGGGGAGCCCUUGUACCAUUGUCGCAAAAGCAACGGCAGCCCUCGAUUCUGUGUUGAUUACCGCCACACCCUCAACCGCAACAUCAUUCGCAAGACUUCGCCCUUGCCCAACCUUGAGUCGUGCCUAGUUGCCGUCGGGGACGCCCUCUACAUCACUGUGGCGGACAUCCUCAGCGCUUUCUGGCAGAUUCCUGUGGCUGAGGAGCAUGUCGACCGGACCGCCUUCGUGACUCAUAACGGCAAGUACUGUUUCAAGCGUAUGCCGUUCGGGGUAGCGAAUGCGCCAUGGCUGUUUCAACACGUAAUGUCUAUUGCUCUGGGCCACCUUGGUCCCGACUCCGGUGUCCUCUCGUACAUGGACGAUCUGAUCUGUAUCAAUCGCACAUUUAAGACCCAUCUUGUCUCCAUCGAGAAAAUGUUCGCAGCAUUGCAGGCAGCAGGUCUGACUCUCAAGCCGUCCAAAAUCCAAUUUGGUCGUAAAGAAGUCGAUUAUCUUGGUCAUGUCAUUUCUGCGAAAGGUAUUUCCGUCAGUACCGACCGCAUUGAUGCCAUCCGCGACUUGUCCACGCCGAAAUGUAUCAAGGACCUCCGUUCCAUCCUCGGCAUGGCAAAUUUUGUCCGUCGCUUUGUCAAAAAUUACGCUGACCUCACUGCACCGCUAGUUGAUCUGACUCGCAAGGAUUUCGUCAAACCCCGCAAAUUUCGAGAAGCAUGGGGGCCGGACCAAGAUGCCGCCUUCCAGCAACUCAAAGAUGCUUUGUCUUCGGCCCCUGUCCUCCACUUUCCCGAUUUUUCGAGAGAAUUUGUCGUGCACACUGACGCUUCUGAGCUUGGUGUAGGUGCCUUCCCAGCCCAACCGUCCAAAGAUAGCACCGACGACAAGGUGGUAGAUAUUGUCGCCUACUACAGCAAACGCUUUAAAGCAGGCCAACGUCACUAUAGUCCCACUAUGAAGGAGUGUACGGCGGUUGUCUGGGCCCUGACCCACUGGCGCCCAUACCUUUGGGGCCGGCAAAUCACUUGUCACACCGACCACCAAGCGCUGACGUACCUGUAUCAUAUGCAAGAUACGUCUAAUAUGCUUACUCGUUGGGCCAUCUGUCUGCAAAAUUUCGAUUUCACCGUCAAGCACGUUCCGGGGAAACUUAACGUAGUCCCGGACACCCUGUCCCGCAUUUUCAGCGAAAUCGACGGCAAACCUCUCCCGUCCGAGCCUCGGCUCGCCGCUAUCUGUCGCAAUGUUUNUGUCUGCAAAAUUUCGAUUUCACCGUCAAGCACGUUCCGGGGAAACUUAAUGUAG